CGACUUAAAAAGUGAUCUGCUCGAAAGCGCCCGGUGUGAAUCGCAAUAACCUUUUCAGUGAAGUAGCAGGGUUUCCACUAGAUAACAUGGCUACAAAGUAAAAACUGGUCUUAAUUUAAAGUUAGGUUUAAAAUCAGGUCUUAAGAAGAUAAAUUGUAGAAAUGGGCGGGAUUUAGCCAUAAUUAUGACUAUGUUAAUUUAACUAGUGACGACCCGGGAGCAGCGUUAGGUCACUGUACCAAAUAGGCGAAGUUGGUCAAAAGGACAAGCUUUACGACGCCCUGACGGCAGCCAUAGCAUAGCUCUCUCGAGAACAAUUUGACGUUCGAGGAGACCUCGAUCUGCCGGUGUAACAACAAUGGCAGUGUUCAGUGCACAGGUGCUUCUGGCAGUAACAAGAUCAAGGGGAUCUUACCUGCUGUCUAAGAGGCCCAGCUGCUGCCCUCUCCCCUCCACUGCCUACGUCCACCACAACCUGGACCCCCCCAGCCGCCUGUCGUCCUUACCCUCCCUCAGGCGUUCCAGGUCUGGCUACCCUCACUGUGUUCGGCUCCACGGUUUCAAGAACCACAGUACCACCCUGCUGGCCAGAUCUCUGCACAGCUCCUGUGUCUGGCUGCAGGACACCAAGGCCCCUGCCACCCCAGCCCAGGAUGACCACCCAGGGACCCCUAAGAAUGGCCCCCCUGCACCCCAACCUCCAGUCCCUGCUCCCCCUGCUGCUGCCACUGUUGCGGCUGCAGCUGCCCCUACUGUCCAGGUAGUAAGGAAAUCUAUUGGCCAGAGGAUAGUGGAUGAGCUGAAACACUACUACAACGGCUUCAGGCUGCUGGGGAUCGAUACCAAGAUUGCAGGGAGGAUGGUGUGGAGACUGCUGCACGGACAACUGCUCUCACGCAGGGAGAGGAGACGGCUGAUGAGGACAUGUGCUGACCUGUUCCGCCUGCUGCCCUUCAUGGUCUUCAUCAUCGUUCCCUUCAUGGAGUUCCUGCUUCCUGUCUUCCUCAAGCUCUUCCCUGAGAUGCUGCCCUCCACUUUCGAGACCGAGACCAAGAAGGAAGAGAAGCAGAAGAAGGGUCUGGCUGCUAAGCUGGAGCUGGCUAAAUUUCUCCAGGAGACCAUAGCAGAAAUGGCCAAGAGGAACAAGACCAAGGCUCUGACAGAGGACGAGACGCAGCGCUUCUCCACCUAUGUACAGAAGGUGCGUCACACAGGGGAGCAGCCCACCACUAAGGACAUCGUUAAGUUCUCCAAGCUGUUUGAAGAUGAAUUGACGCUGGAGCAUCUAGAGCGCCCCCAGCUGGUGGCCCUGUGUAAGCUGCUGGAGCUCCAGCCCAUAGGAACCAAUAACCUGCUCCGCUUCCAGCUGAUGAUGCAGCUGAGAACCAUCAAAGCAGACGACGAGGUGAUCGCCACUGAGGGUGUGCCUGCUAUGAGUGUGUCAGAGCUGCAGGCAGCGUGUCGUAGCAGAGGGAUGAGGUCACUGGGUCUGACCACUGACCAGCUACGCCAGCAGAUGCAACAGUGGUUGGACCUGCACUUGAAGGAGAACGUCCCUCCCUCUCUGCUGCUGCUCUCCAGAGCUAUGUACUUGACUGACGUGAAACCCAUUAUACCCGUCAUACCCCCUGUACCCAAACUAGAGAAGGCCACUCCUCUAGCUGAGACCCCACAGGGAACAACAGCCUCCUCCUCAGACUUACUAGUGGACCCAGCUCUGGUCAUCAAAGACAGGCUGGUGGAAGAGGUUAGAGACCAGGCUGUCAUCGUCUCAGACAAACCUCCCACCCCUGCCCAGAUUGUUCAGGCUGAAGAAGCAAAGGCGUCUCAGAAGAGCAAGAUAAGUGCCAACGGAGUGUGAGGAGGACUGAAAGGGCUUGACCGGACCCCACAACCCUGUGUCCUCAGGGUUUAGGGGGGCUAUCAAUCAAGCUAAUCUACACCAAGAGGGAUCAGUCAACCCAAUCACUCCUCUGCCCCCCUUAACACCUUCUCCUUAUCCCCAAGACCAGGGGGCAUGAGUCUGUAUCCAAGUCCCCCGUCCUCACUGUCUAGCCAAUGGGGGCUCGCUGUGUGACGAAAAGGUCAUAAGAUCAUCACAUGAGAUUGUAGUCGUUAGACCAGACAACGCUUGGCUAAAUGCCACUUUGCUCAGGAUCAGACCUCUGGCUACACCUGGAGUGAGGCCGCUGGCAGGUGUUUAAAACAGGACACCCACCUCUGCUUUGUCUGAUUAGUCUCUGGUUCUUCUCGCCUGCAUCUAUUUGGUUUACAUGUUAUGCACUCCAUCCAUUUGGUUUUCGCACUCCAUCUCAGCAGGACACUGUUACGUAAACUCUGAAAAGUCCCUCAGCUGGGAUUACCUUUCGUUUUGUUUUAGGGAUCACAGUUACCCAGUGAUGUAACAAAUAUUAUGUCCUUGAAGAGUAGACGCACCCUCUCAAGAUGUACCGUUUGGCCCAGUGUUCUGGUUGGUUGGUUUUGGUGUAACUUUAGUCUGUUUCACUUCAGGUUGUAUUUAGACCUGGCCUGGUCUCAGAUUCAUUCGGUGCUGAAGCUGAAUCCUCUUGACUAGAAACACCGCAAAGGUGAAAGCAGGGGGUGGUUGUGGUGUGUUAGGGGGCACCUGCUGGCUUUGAACCAUUCGUCAAGGUGUGUUUUCUUUUAGUUGGCCCGCUCAUCUCCAGAUCUGGAUCAGACUAACGUAGACCACCACCAACCCCCCCCCCCCCCCCCCUUGUGUAUAUUUGUAAAUACCCUGUAAAUUGUUCUCCGUGUCUGGCAGAAAAGGUACAACUGCUCUGUACGUUGGUUAUGCCACACCCUCAAGCUCUCCCAACUAAAGAGUUCCAUGAACUUUUACCCUCCUAUUAUUUUGUCUUGUUUGUUGAAUAUUUGAAUCUAAGACUGGGCAACUCUUUACAUUAACUUGCCUUCAUACCAUGAAGUUACUCUCUAACUACUCUGGUAACCAGAAUGUAAUUGUUUUGCUCAAAAUGGUCUUUGCAACUAAGGUAUAUAAGCAAUGAUUGAUGUGUAAAGGAAAUUGGACAAAUUGUCUCGCUAGUUACAAUGGUAGUUGCAUUUUAAUUACAACAGAAAAUGUUACACACGUAUCUGUGCAAUUUAUUGUGAAGCGUAACACUGUGACUGAGUGGUCCAAUGUCAUUUAGCAGACACUCUUAUCCAGAGUGACUUACAGGAGCAAUUAGAGUAAAGUGCCCCUGUCCAUGUGCCCCAGUAAGCUCGGGGAAUCAAACUAGGGCCCUUUCGGUUUCUGGCCCAACACUCUUAACCAAUUGACUACCUGCUGCUGUAAUUGUAAGCUAGCGAGAGAGUUCACUCCUGAUACACAGGAGAGGUUGAAGGAGCACCUAAAUCCUCAUAGUCAAUACAACUGCCAGUCUGGGGACAAAUGGACUAUACAGUGUAUAUGUUGUGUUAAUGUUCCUCUACUACCCUUGAUUUACACAUUUAAAAGCAAAUACUUGACUGACAGCUAUUGGAAAUGAUCCAUACCCACUGUUAAACUAAACUAGAGAAGUUUAUUAGAGCGAAACAGCAUGAAAAUGCAGGAUUUGUGAACUCUUAAAGGAUUACACAAGAAAGUGUUACAUUUUAUUUUGAAAUGUGGUUCUCGAUGAACUUGAAAGAUGGCUGCUAUUUGACAAUGAAAUGCCUAGUACCUAUUAUGUGAUCGAGAAGGUUUUUGGUAGGUUUCCCACAUACACAUACUAUAUGUUUAUGUUUCAUAUUUCAGUGUGCGUGUAUGAGAGUGUGUACGUUUGGUGUUGCCUUAGCCUUGAGGAAAACUUCUUUCAGCAUCAAGUUAGGGCAGGGUUUCCAAAACUUGGUCCUUGGGCCACUGCUGGGUGCAUGUUUUGGUUUUUUGGCCUAGCGCUACACAGCUGAUUCAAAUAACCAACUCAUCAAGCUUUGAUUUAUUUGGACUGAGUUUGGGGAAACCCUGAGUUAGGGGAUUACCUUUAUGAACCCCUCCAACCAAAUUGCAUUACUUCACUGAUUAGUCAGUGGCCAACCGUUCACCCUUUCUGAAUGGAAUAGAAUGGGCUUCAUACUGCAUAUGUAGGUUAGUGUAUAAGUGAAACCAAGAUGUCCACCCUUCUGCUUUGACCAAUCCAAUCCUCUCAGAUCUGUGAUUAAUUCAAUAGAGUGUAGAGAGGACUAUGUGACCAGGGAUUCUCCUUUCCAUCCUUUAUUUUUCAUCUUGGUUUAAGGAUUGUUAUGCAAAUUAAUGUACAGCCAGAUCUGUAAAAAGGUGCUUUGUUACCUCUGCUCUCUGUGGAAUGUGUCCUCUGCCUGUUCUCCACUGACUACUGGAAGAGAGUUACACUGUGUCCCAAUUUCCCUACCUUGUUCCUUCCUUUGGCUCCCUUCAUGGCGAUAGAUGGGUGAAAGGAAUUCACCAUAUUAUUGCUUAUACUGCUACCUUUUUUUGUGGUUAUUUUGGAUCAGUGAUCAUGGAGGCAAGGAGAUUAGGUAGUCGGGGGAGAGAAUUGGGACAAAUACUUAGGGCAUAUACACAGGAGUUUACAUAAAUCUUUCACUCACAUGCCUAAUACCAAAUACUAACUCCUACCCCUAAACCCUUGUUGGUACAAGCAGUAUAGUGGAAAGCAGAACCAUAUUGCUUACCUUUCAGAUCAACAAGCGGUCUCUGUGGGCUUAGAGUUUGGUGUGGAGUUGGGUAACAUGAACUAAACUGAACAAAAAUAUACACAUGUAAAAUUUCUUCUUUGCCAAGAUAUGUCGCACCUGUCAGGAGGAUGGAUUAUCAAGAAGCUUAUUAAACAGCCUGAUCAUUACGCAGGUGUGCCUUAUGCUGGGGGCAAAAGGCCACUAAAAUGUGCAGUUUUGUCACACAACACAAUUCCACAGAUCACUCAAGUUUUGAGGGAAUAGUGCAAUGGGUAUGCUGACUGCAGGAAUCUCCACCAGAGUUGUUGCCAGAUAAUUUAAUGUUCAUUUCUCUACCAUAAGUCGCCUCUAAUAUCAUUUUAGAGAAUUUGGCAGUACGUCCAACCGGCUUCACAACCGCAGACCACGUGUAACCACGCCAGCCCAGGACCUCCACAUUUGGCUUCUUCACCUGCAGGAUCAUCUGAGACCAGCCACCCAGACAGCUGAUGAAACUGAAGAGUAUUUCUGUCUGUAAUAAAGCCCUUUUAUGGGGAAAUACUCAUUCUGAUUGGCUGGGCCUGCCUCCCCAGUGGGUAGGCCUGGGAGGGCAUAGUCAUGUGAAAUCCAUAGAUUAGGGCUUAAUCAAUUUAUUUCAAUUGACUGAUUUCCUUAUAUGAACUGUAACUCAGUAAAAUUGUUGAAAUUGUCACAUGUUGAGUUUAUCAUUUUGUUCAGUAUAUAUUGCCUUGUCCAUUACUGAUAAAGAAUGGUACUAGGAUAGAACUAGAGCGUGUUCUUUUGGUUUCUUGAGCUAGGUUUCAAUUUCCCCCCUUUCCACACACUGCUUGUCACAGAUUUAAAAGCAUAGGAUUGGUGUACGUAUUGUCUGGAGGUGUUUUCCACCAAAAUCCAUGGGAGAACUCAACCCUCACACACGAUAGACGUUGAAGCUUUAUGUAUGUAACCUAGCCGGUCUGUGGCUGUGCCAGAUAUCCGUAGACCGUAGUAGCAAAUGUUUGUUGCCAAAAAUAAAAAUACAGGACACAAGUGUAAA